AUGAUUGCUACAGCAGUUAAAUCAGUGUUUGGAACUUUCCUUGUAGGAUUUGUGCUUCUGUUGCGACUUGUACUGGCGGGUGGCGUCCUUUGGCGGUCGACUCUUGAGAAAGAGCUUCGACUUUGUGACGCUGCUCGGCUAUCUCUUUUGGAUUUCAGAAUGGAAAACAGAGUGCGUCGCGCUCUGCAUACCGUUCUGGACUAUAUCGGCUUUUCAUACUUUUCUGGAUACGAGGAACCUUCCCUCUCAGCCUGCCACGGGACCCUCCAAAACUUGGUGAGAACUACUCUUCCAGGUGACCAGGGAACUGCAGCAGCUGACGAGGUUCUUCGUGAUUUGAAUCGACUCGUGUUUUGGCCCAAGAUGUUCCUGUGUCUCAUUGGCGUCUUUGUUGUCCCGUACUUCCUCGGAGGUACGUUGGACAUUGCUGAAGGCGUCGAAGGGACAUGGAAUAUUGAUUGGCCAUUUGAUGACUACGAGAACAAAGAACAAGAAGACGACCAACACAAGGAAAAUGAAGAUGACGACGACGACGACAAAGACGAGGAAAACGACCGAGAGAAGGAAAAUGAAGAUGACGACAACGACAACAAAGACGAGGAAGACGACAAGCAGAAGGUUAAUGAAGAAGACGACGAAGAGAAGGAUAAUCAGGAGCGUCCAGAUCAGGAAGACGACCAGGCAGACCAGGAGACGGAAAAGGAAGAGGAGGAAUGCGAACAAAAGGAAAAUGAAGAGGGCGAAGAUGAAGACUGCGAAAAGGAAGAGGAAAGAAACUUCAGUGAAGUGAUCGCCAAUAUCCCUAUCACGGCAUCCAUUGAAAGGACUAGUCUGGACGAUACAGAAUCAGAGACCUCGAAGGCAGGGAGUGUCGACGUGAUCCCUCCGCAGGAGGUAGAGACGCUUCCUCAGAAGAAGAGGGAACUCAAAUUCGUCGAUGGCGAUUUGUAUGAGUUCCAACUAUCCAUGAAAGAGCGGCUGAUUCUCCGAGGAAUAGCAAACGAGGUCCGAGAAUUUACGAAAUUCUACAACGUCCGCCUCGUCCUUCCCGACGGCGACGUCCAGGAGGCCGCUUCUUUAGAAGGCGCUGGAAAUCGCGUGGAAAUGGCCUUCCUGCAUAUUCAGGAGAUCCUGGACGAGUACGAAAGGGAAGGAUAUGACGUUGACAUGGAAGAGCUCUCUCACCAGGAGGCAGAGGAAGACCACAGGCAGGAGGUUCAGGAGAAUGAAACUCCAUCAUGUUUUGCUGACGCCCUCAGAAGGAAUCCCAAACAGCCUGUGGUCAAGCAACCAACGUUUGUUAUAGUGCAACGUCGAACUCUACCCCUCAUCGAGGAAGAGGAAUUGCCAGUCGAGGAAAUACCAGAAGAUGAUGAUGAGGAUGAAAUUAUGGAGGUCGACUGUGAAUCAGAAUUCGAUGAGGAGGAGGAUGAGGACGACGACGACGACGACGACUGGAAGUUCGAGGAAACUAGGCACAAGGUCAUAAUUGGUAUAUCGUUUCGAGAGGCACCCAAAGAGGAGGCCAAACGAGGCAUGAUACGACGACGUGUGCCUAAAGCUUUGCGUACCAAGGAAAACCAACUUCCUAUCGAAGAGAAGGCAGUCGAUAAUACGCCACAAGCAAAAGAGGAAGAAAAGGUACUUCUUGAGGAUAAAGAGGAAGAAAAACCUCUAACUCAAGAAGUACAAAGUGAACAAGAUACUACAAACGGAGACGCAGAAGAGAGUUUCCUUCCCCAGGAAGCAGGAGAGGAAAAUUAUAGUCCACAGGAAGAAGGAAAGGAAAAGGCUUGUCCACAGGAAGAGGAGAGGAAUGUGUUCUUCCUCUAG